UUUAGUCUUCAGUUCACAGGCUAUACAAUAAAGAUACAAAGCAUCCAGUGAGAAGAACUGAGUAUUAGAAUUAGUAAAGCCAUGUUACCCUUCAUUAGCUACUUGUGGCUACUAGUGUUCCUGUGCUCUUCAGCUGUCUUUGUACUACCCAUCAAGGGCCAGGUCACCUGUCAAAUAUCUCAAGAAAACCUAGGAGACUACAUUGAAAACAACCCAAACGUGUUCUCCACUGAAGUUCAAGCUCAAUUUCAGAGUGUCCCAGGAAGUCCAUUAGGAGCAGCCAUGGUAACUUGGAGGCUCACUGACCCAGGUUGCAUUCAAGUAGUGUGUGUCAGGUUUGAGAACAGCGAUGGUGACAUCGUCAUCAGCAACGAGUGUCUGGAUGAUACCACAGUAACAGAGAUGGUUAUCGAGGGGUUGCCAUGUAACGUGCGUGUCAAAGCUGUCAUGGAACUUGCAGCUGGUGGAAAAGGACGAUCUCAGUCUUCAAAUGAGAUAUACAUUGGAGGUAAUUCGUCUCUGCCACCAGCAGUACCUCCCCCCAACGUGCAAGCGUAUCUAGACAGCGGUGUAGUGGUCCUGACGUGGGAUGAGGUCGAAUGUGCACAACAGAACUCUCCAAUCACCUUGUACGGUGUUUAUUAUAAUGUUGUGAACCAGAGGACUAUUGUGAUUUUAGUAAUAGAAAGAAUAAUCAGGAGCAGCCAAACACUGAUGAAUGGCAAAAUCCAUAUUCCAGAUUUGAGUCAGCGUUAUCAGUUUAGAGUGGCUGCCAUAGGAACUGAAUUUGGGCCUCAGUCAAAUGCUAUCGAAUUUAUACCAGCCACUUUAAAUCCAAUACCUACAACAGAUCCACCCACCACACUCCCACCCACUACACCAUCUCCACCACCAACUACCUUUCCACCCACUACAUCACCUCCACCGCCAACCACCCUUCCACCUACUACACCGCCUCCACCAACUACACAGCCUCCCACUCAACCACCUGUCACCACCACCACCACCACCACCACCACCACACCAUCUACACAGCCAACAACAAUGCGUCCAACCACAAUGGCACCCCCUAUCACUACAACAACCACUAGCAGGCCCAUUACAACUACCACAAGACGAGCUACUCCCACUACAAGACCCCUAACAGACAGGCCUAAUACCACACCUGGAGUUACAAGUGAAGAAGAACUUAGUGAUGGCACGACAACCGAUUCUGAAUUCAUAGGUACUGAGGAAGGAAUGGUAACAAUAGACCGAGUUCAACCGAUAGUCGUGGGUGCUGUAGUAGGAGUGAUGGUGAUCAUCAUUCUGGUGCUGCUGAUACUAUCGGGCAUCAUACUGGGAUGGAUGCUAUGGAGACACCGGACAACGUGGAAGGAGUGGAGGGCACGCAACAAAAGACUGAGCAUCAGUGGCCCUAUUACCGUCAACGAUAUGUUCCUGGAGGUGAAGAGGGACAGUCAGCUGCUGCAGACACAGUCUCAGUCUCGGGGCUCAAACAAGGACACACUCAAGAAGUCAGACAAGAACAUAUAUGACGAGAUCAAAGCUUCAGAGCCCAAGAUAAAGGACUUCAAGAGAUACGUGCAUAUUGGAGAGGGGGAGGAGGUAUCACUGAAGGUGGAGUUCACGGGAUUCCCCAAACCAAGUAUUGAUUGGUUCUAUGACGGCAUGAGACUGGACACAAACUCACUCAAUGGCAGAGAAAUUUUGAACGAUGGUACUAUCUUCAUAAAAGAAGCCAAUAGGAAGCAUGCAGGGAUUUACGACUUCAUUGUAAGCAAUUCUCUGGGCAGUGUGGAGGGAUGCACGAAGCUUACAGUGUAUGUAGAGGAGGAGGUGGAUACUUCGACUGUGGAUAGGAGAAAGAGGAAUGGAACCAAGCUAGAGAGCCAUAUGGUCAAGAAGGAGAGGUUUGGAGAGCACGUAUCCCAUUGCCACACCUUCAACAACAAAGGAUUCACUGCUGAGUUCCAGUCCCUGCUGUCAGGGGAGGAGGAUGAACAGACUUCAGUGGGCAGGACAGGGGAGAACCGGUUCAAGAACCGCUACAAAAACAUCACUCCUUAUGACAGGAAUCGCCUACUCUUGGAGCCUAUCAACCACUCAGAGUGUCAGUAUAACUACAUCAAUGCCUCUUACGUAGACGGAUACGUCAAGCCAAAAAGAUACAUAGCAGCACAAGGUCCCCUUCCCUCGACAAUUGUCGACUUCUGGAGGAUGAUCUGGCAGGAAAAGGUGCAGACCAUUGCCAUGGUUACCAGCCUAACGGAGGGACGACAUAAGAUGUGUGAGCAGUACUGGCCAGACACAGGGAGUGCUGAAUACGGUCCAUUCAUGAUCACUCUAGUGGAGACACAAGUCUUUGCUGACUAUACUAUAAGGACUUUCCAACUGUUGACCUUAGAGCAUGUUGAGAGUGCCCGCAACAUUCGCAAGAUCACUCAUUACCAGUUCCUCUCAUGGCCAGACCAUGGGAUACCGGAGUAUCCCGGGCCAUUGCUGGCCUAUCUCCACCGGGUGAAGAGUAUGCAUAAGCCAACAAAGGGAUCCAUCCUUGUACACUGCAGUGCUGGUGUAGGGAGGACAGGCACACUGAUGACAAUAGACAUUGCAUUGUCACAGGCAGCUCGUGAGAAUGUCAUAGACAUUGCUGGCAUUGUGUGCAAGAUCAGAUCACAGAGAAUGAAGAUGGUGCAGACACCAGAGCAGUAUGCAUUCAUUCACGAUGCUGUGCUUGAGAGCAUCACAUGUGGAGAAACACAAAUACCAGCCCCAGGCUUCAAGAAGGCAGUAACUAAGAUGUCCAACAAGAACGGGGAGACUAGUCUCACUGGAUAUGAAAAGCAAUUUGAGACACUGGAGAAAGUGAGUCCCCAGUCUAGAGACCUGCCUCGCACGGUAUCCCUGAGGUGUACUGACAAGAAUCGGAGCAAUGAGUUCUUACCCCCUGACAGAAGCAGAGUGUGGUUGCAGGCUCAGAACAUGGACAAAACAUAUAUUCAUGCUUCUUAUGUCAAUGGUUACAAGCAGAAGAAUGCAUUCAUCAUAGCACAAGCUCCGAUGGAGAACACUACUGAAGAUUUCUGGAGGAUGGUCUAUGAGAGAGACUGUGCAGUGAUUGUCAUGCUCUCAGGUCUAGACGAGAUGGAGGAGGAGUGCUGCUAUCGCUAUUGGCCAGACAGUCAGGCCAAGGCUGCCAUUAAUGGGGAGAAGCAUGGAGCACACACCGUCUUUACUCUGGAGAGAAAGAGGCAGGAAGGCUUCCUAGUGAGGACGUUUGGAAUCACCAACCCCAAGGGUGAAGAUUUGCGGAAAGUGAUCCAGUUCCAAAUGGCGGGUUGGAGCCAGGAUGGAGUGUGUAUCAACCCGGUGGCCCUCAUGAAAGUGCUGGAUAAACUAAUGAUAGCUCAGAGGAGAACGGGAGACAAACCCAUUAUCGUGCAUGGAAGCAACACCGUGGGCAGGUGUGCCGUGUUCUGUGCCCUGCUCAACUGCAUUGACUCUUGCAAAUGUGAGAGCGUUGUCGAUGUGUUCCAGACCGUCAAAGCCCUCAGGCUACAAAAACCGGGAGCCAUACAAACUGUGGAGCAGUACUGCUGUGUGUACGACCUCAUAUCUCUUUAUCUCAGCUCAUUCACACUCUACUCAAACUUCAAGUGAACAAAUAACAAACUCAGUUAAACAUUCUCUGUUUACUUAAGAACGCAUUACAUGCUGCUAUUAUUAUUGUUACAGUCACCCAUGCACUCAUAUAAAUUUACAUUACUGAUAGUACGUUAUGA